AUGGAGCAGCUCCUGAGCCAGCCGCUGCAGCAGCUGCUGCAGUCGCCGCUGCUGCAGCAGCAGGCGCCGGGGCACUACAGGCCGCCGGGGGAGCAGGAGCAGCAGCAGCAGCAGCAGCACGCGGCGCCGGGGCACUACAGGCCGCCGGGCGAGCCCGAGGACGAGGAGCAGCAGCAGCAGCAGCAGCACGAGGCGCUGCAGCAGCAGCGCGAGCUGCUGCUGCGCCAAAAGGCCCAAGCUGAACUCUGCACUUUCCAUUAUAGUCUUAUGGGGGCCCCCGGGGGCGCAGUAAAGGAGGCCCGUUUGUGGGGUUCUGAGAAGCUGCCGGAGUUGCUGCCAGCAAGCGUGAGUGCUGCUGCUGCUGCUGCUGCGCUCAGCAGCAGCAGCAGCAGCAGCGGCAGCGGCAGCAGCAACAGCUUCGAGUGCUUCCUGGACGACCUCACGGUCUCGGACUUCCUCGGCUCGCUGCAGCAGCGGGUGCUGUGGUGCAGCCGGCUGGAGGCGCAGCUGCAGCAGCUGCAGCAGCAGCAGCAGCAGCAGGAGGCGCUGCUGCGCGAUGGUUUGCUGCUGCACUUCUCUCUCUCUCUCUUCACUCUUUGCCCCGAGAAGUUCAGCCACCAGGGGGCGCAGCAGAACCAGCAGCACUUUCCAGCUUACAGAGUGUCUCCUGCUGCUGCUGUUGCAGGGGGUUUGGCCCCCCUUUCGGCGUACGGCAGCAGCAGCAGCAACGUUGCUGCUGCUGCAGUCUCCCACGUGCUGCAGCAGCAGGCAGCAGCUUACGCCGGCGGCGAGGCCCCCGGGGGCCCCGCGGGCAGCAGCAGCAGAGACGCAGCAGCCGCCGCGGCGGUCAAGCUCGAAGCAGCAGCAGCAGACACAGCAGCAGCAGCAGCAGCAGCAGCAGCAAGGCCCUGUCUCUAUGAACUCUACAGACCUGCUGUUGUCCCUUCUGUGGGGCGCUACAAAGACCUCAGCAUGAGCAGCGUUGCUGCUGCAGCACGGCAGCUGCUGCAGGAGACGCGCAGCGGGGCUGAGGAGCAGCAGCAGCAGCAGCAGCAGCUCGCGGAGGCAAGUCCCUUUCUUGCUGCUGUUGCUGACCCCUGGCUCUCCACGCUGCUGCAGCACACGGAGCUGCUGCUGCGGCAGCUGCUGCCCCUCAGGGCCUGGCAAGGCAGCGAUCGGCGGCGGAUUGGCGCUGCGCUGCCGCUUGCUGCGCGCAGCGCGCUGGCCCUCUGCAGCGUGGGCGUGGAGUUUAGUGUGUCUUGUUUGCGGCAGCAGCUAGCUAGCUGCUUGGCGCGGCUGCAGCUGCUUGCUGCUGCUCUUGCUGCAGUGGCUUCUCUGGAGUCUUCUUUGCUGCCAGCAGUUUACAGUUUGCCGCAGCACGUGAUGGGGUGUCUGCAGCAGCGGGGGGGGGGCCUGGGGCCCCGCGCCCACGCGCAGCAGCAGCAGCAGCAGCAGCAGCAGCGCGAAGCCGCCUGGGUUGCUGCGCUGCAGCAGCCCCCCAGGAAGGCAGCAGAGUGGCCCGACUACGUCGCAGCUUUUAAUGACUUCAUUCCCAUUCGCCCGCAGCAAAGUCCGCCCCGCGCUGCAGCAGCAGCAGCAGCAGCAGAAGCAGCAGCAGAAACGGCCGCCCCCGCCAAGCGCAAGCGGCCCGUCCUCGACGACCUGCAGCAGCUGCAGCACGCCGAAGCCAGCAGCAGCAGCGACGCAGCAGCAGCAGCAGGUCUCGGCCCCGCCGGGCUGCUGCUGCAGCACGGAGACAGCUGGGGCAGCAAGGGCGACGGCGUCGAGGGCAAGCUGCUGCGCAGCAGCAGCAGGGACCUGCUGCAGCUGCUGCAGCGGCAGCAGAGCGCGGAGGCGCUCGGCAGCAGCAGCAGCAACAACGGCUGCAGCAGCAGCAGCCCCUACAGGGAGCUGCGGCAGCAGCUGCUGCCGCAGCGCUCGCGCUCCAUCCAGUCCCUGCGGCAGCAGUCCGCAGAAGCAACUCCAGGCGCUGGCAUGGAGGCCUUAUCUGCUGCUCUUUCUUCAAGACUGUCAGCAGCAGCAGAAGAGAGAGACACAGAGACAGGAGGUUUGUGGCUGCAGCAGCUGCAGCAGGAAGCAGCAGGGUCUCCUCCGGCCUUUUUGCGGCGGACUCCCAGCGACGAAAUUGCUUCGGAAGCUGUGCUGCAGCAGCUGCAGCGGCAGCUCACGGACCAGCAGCAGCAGCAGGACGAGGAGCUGCAGCAGCAGCAGCUCCGCCUCCUCGAGAAGGCUGGCCUCAGCACCGACUGCAGCAGCAGCAGCAUUGUGUCCCCCGUCUUCGGGGGCCUUCUGGGGGAAGACGCGGCGAAGCAGCAGCAGCAGCAGGAGCUGCAGCAGGAGCUGCAGCAAGAGCUGCAGCAGCACCUGCAGCAGCAGCAGCAGCAGCAAGAGCUGCAGCAGGAGCUGCAGCACGAACUGCAGCAGCACCUGCAGCAGCAGCACGAGCUGCAGCAGCAGCUGCUGCUGGCGAACCAGGCCAGCAGCAGCGAGGGGGCCUGCAAGGAGGACGCGCUGGAGCUGCAGCCCGCUGCUGCUGCUGCUGCUGCUGCUGCGCUUUCUGCGGAGCCGCUGAGCAGCCUGCUGGAGCUGCGGCCGAGCAGCAGCAGCCGGCAGCUGUCGCCGCAGCCGAGUCCGACGCCGACGCUGCAGCACCUGCAGCAGCAGCAGCUGCUGCAGCAGCAGCAGCAGCGCAUAGUGCUGCCGCACUGCAGCAGCAGGGGCGCGCUGUCGACGGUGAGCAGCGCGAGCUCAGCAGCAGCAGCAGGCCCCCCCUACUGCCGCAGCGGCAGCAACGGCAGCGGGGGCCUGGGCUGCAUAUCUCCGACAGCAUCGGACGUGUCGCUGCGGAGCAGCGGGGGCGGCGCUGCUGCUGCUGCUGCUGCAGCGGGGGGGGCCUUCGGGGGCGCAGCAGCAACGCCUGCAGCAGCAGCAGCAGUGGCCUAUUUGCCACUUAUUGAUGACAUUCUGGUGCAAGUUGAAGAGAAGCAGCUGCCGCUGCCAGCAAAAGUUCCUGGGGUUUGUUUUAAUCCUUCAGACAACACUUGGAGUGCGCAGUGGACGCUGCCCGCGGAGAGCAGCAGCAGCAGCAGCAGCAGCAGCGGCAGCAGCAGCAGCAGGAAGCGCCGCAAACGAACCUUCAGCAUCAACAUCUACGGAAAUGACACAGCGAGGAGAAUGGCCGUGGCCUGCAGGCUGCAGGCAGAGAAGCGGCAGCUGCAGCUGCAGCAGGGAGAAGCAGCAGCAGGAAAGAGGCAUCCUGCAUGCACUCCGCCCCACGUAGCCAACCUUGCUGCUGCUGUUCUUGCUGCAGCAGCAGGCAUGAACACAGGCAUUGGGUAG